AUGUCUUCUUUGCUCUUUCCUUCAUCGGUACGAUAUUCUUCUCUUUUUCUGAAUGACUUUCCAGCCAACCUUCUUGGUGAUGAUUUCUUUUAUCUUUCCUAUGUUGCUAAACGUCUUUGUAUUUCUUUCCGUGAAAUGACUACUUUUGUUUUUUCCUUCAUCAAGAUGUCUUCUUUACUCUUUCCUUCCUCGCCAACCUUCUUCGUGAUUACUUCAAUUAUCAUACCUAUAUUGAGUAAACGUCUUUGUCUUUCUUUCCUUGGGUUGACGACGUUUCUUUCCUUUUUUUGCUUCAUCAAGAUGUCUUCUUUGCUCUUUCCUUCCUCGAUGUCUUCUUUGCUCUUUCCUUCCUCGGUACGAUAUUCUUCUCUUUUUCUGAAUGACUUACCAGCCAAACUUCUUGGUGAUGAUUUCUUUUAUCUUUCCUAUGUUGCUAAACGUCUUUGUAUUUCUUUCCGUGGAAUGACUACUUUUGUUUUUCCUUCAUCAAGAUGUCUUCUUUACUCUUUCCUUCCUCGUAAACGUCUUUGUCUUUCUUUCCUUGGGUUGACUACGUUUGUUUUUCCUUCAUCAAGAUGUCUUCUUUACUUUUUCCUUCGUCGGUAUGACAUUCUUCUCUUUUUCUGA